UCUAGGGGGUUAUGAAUGAGCCCCUUGUCUGGACGGCCUUUGCGAUGCCUCCACGAAGAGCCCGAAAGAGAUCUGUGCGUCCCAGCUGCCCUCUCAUCAGCUGUGCUCCGUCCCGUGUGUGCCGUCCCACCUGUCAUGUUAGGCCCCACACAUGUCCCUAUGGACCAGUUGUUCUCUUUUUUGAGAGACCCGGCGCUCUCCUUGGGUCAGUCCCUCUCCUCGGUCUCCCCGGCUGCAUCUCUUCCAAGCGAGCCUCCUUCUCCUCCUUCUCCUUCUCCUUCUCCUUCUCCUUCUCCGUCUCCUCCUUAUCCGUCUCCUUCUCCGUCUCCUUCUUCUCCUCCUUCCCAAUGGGCUCCUUGGUUGCCAAGCUUCUCCUGCCCACCCUGAGCAGCCUGGCUCUCCUCCCGACCAUCAGCAUUGCCGCGAAGAGGCAAUUCCACAUGGAAGCCAUGGUCUAUUUCUUCACCAUGUUCUUCGUGGCGAUUUACCAUGCGUGCGAAGGGCCUGGUUUAGCCAUUCUCUGCUUCAUGCAAUACGACCUCCUGGAAUAUUUCAGCAUCUAUGGGACGGCGCUUUCGAUGUGGGUCUCGCUGAUCGCCCUGGCGGAGUUCGACGAGCCAAAGCGGUCCACCUUGGUGAUGUUUGGCGUGCUCACCAUCGCCGUCCGGAUCUACCACGACCGGUGGGGGUACGGCGUCUAUUCCGGACCCAUCGGCACCGCCGUCCUCAUGAUCACCGUCAAAUGGUUGCAAAAGAUGAAGGAGAAGAAAGGACUCUAUCCGGAGAAAAGCGUCUACACUCAACAGAUCGGACCCGGCUUCUGUUUCGGAGCGCUUGCGUUGAUGCUGAGGUUCUUUUUUGAGGAGUGGGAUUAUACCUACGUCCACAGCUUCUACCACUGCUCUUUAGCCAUGUCUUUUGUCCUUCUCCUGCCCAAGGUGAACAAGAAGGCCGGCAACGGCGGAGCCCCGGCCAAACUGGACUGCUCCACGCUUUGCUGUUGCGUGUGAAGGCGAGCAGCCGCCAUCGAGACUUUGGGCAUAUAUUCUCCCCAAAAUUACGGCCAUAAUGACCACAGCGAAGCCCUCUCGACUUGUGCCACACUCCACCGAGUCUCGCCUUGAGGAGCAGUGCUUUAGCUUGCCUCUUGUACAUGACAAGUAGCAAUUGCCUCAAGGUACAUGGCAGCAUUUCUUGUUGCUCGGUGCGGUUUCCAAGUCUGGCAUUCUGCUUCACAUUAUGUCUGGGAAGGUAAUCUACAGUAUAAUUGUGAUAACACAGCAACACUCAGUCUCAGGAUCAAAAACAGAAUGAAAGGCACUUUCUGCUCAUUUUCUGAAAGGGGAAAUAUUCUGUUUUACAGUCAAGAUUUAACCAUCAAUCACAGGAUCCUACCUGCCCAAAUGAAAGGUACCUGCUAUACAGGGAAUGGGCUCAUCCUCGAAAUAUUUUAAAAUUACAACCCCUGGAUCUUGUCAGGUCAGUAUGGACAGACAUUAGAAAGAUUGUAAUGCCACUUCAAAUGUGUACUGCCACUCUUCAUCAGGAGAAAUCACAUAUUAUAUAGUAAAUCAAACAGAAAUGUAGCAGCAUAAUUCAGACUUUAACUGGUUUUUAUUUUUGCAUGAGGUUUUCAUGGAUAUAAACCCAUUUCAUGAGAUACAGAUUAUUUAUUUUCUCCUCCCCUUGCUUAUUUGUUUUUUUUAUAACUGACAUAGGUGGUUCAAUAGAUUAAACCCUUGUGCUGGCUGAACUGCUGACCUGAAGGUUGGUUUGCUUACCUGAAGGUUGCCAGUUCGAAUCCACACAACAGGGUGAACUCCCAUCUGUCAGCUCUAGCUCGCAGUGACACGAGAGAAACCUCCCAGCUAACACAUCCAGGCAUUCCCUGGGCAAGAUCUCUGUAGACAGCCAAUUCUCUCACACCAGAAGUGUCUUGCAGUAUGUUCUCAACUCGCUUCUAACACGAUUAAAAAAAAAUAACUAACAUGGCUGCUUUUGUGAAAAGUAAAUCAAAUAUGACAAUUGUACACUUGAACAUUUUGGAGUUUGGGUCCAGGUUUUGCCGCCUGUUCCUCAAGGCGAGACUCGGUGGAGUGUCUUUGAUCGGUGCCAAGUGGGCACAAAACACCAUUUGCGGAUCAAAAAGGUUCUGGUUUAAUAAAGAAAAUAGACCAAGAGAUCUCGUGGUUCCAAUAUUUUCAAAUUAAGGACUAUUUUAAUCAGGAUAUUAAGACUGGCUUUGAGGAAAAUGAAACAACAUGGGACAGAAUUAUGAAAUCAAGUAAGAAACAAAUAUCAAAAAUAUACAAAAAAAAAACCUUCUGGAAUGGUCAACGAUGAUGGAAGAAAUAAAAGACUGUAUGAGUAUGUCGGCAAAAGAUAAUGUUAGAAAUUGGGAAAAAUGUGGACAAUUAAAAACGAAUGGACAUACGCACAGGACUUAAAGGAAAAUUGGACUAAGAUGAUGUAUAGGUGGUACAUUACACCCCAAAAAUUGGCAAAAAAAUGUAUCCAAAACGGAGUGACAAAUGUUGGAAAUGUGAAGAAAAAACGGGAACAUUCAUACAUAUGUGGUGGAACUGCAGAAUGGCUACGAAAUACUGAUCGGAGAUUCAUGAAGAGGUACAGAAAAUCCUAAAUGUAAAAAUUCGAUUGAAACCAGAAUACUAUCUGUUGGGAAUAAUUGACUGUAAAAUGACAGAGAACGAAGAGAAACUUUUUCACUUCUUAACAACGGCUGCCAGGAUAAAUUAUGCGAAAGUUUGGAGAUCGAAAGAAAAACCCACAAUAGAUCAAUGGAUCUUAAGGAUAAUGGAUACUAUGAACAUGGAUGUAUUGACUCAAACAUUAAAGUACUUCCAAGGAGUGAAAAGCAAAAAAACAGAAAAAUUACCUUUAGUGUUAGAUAGAGUAGACUCCUAGAGUAGAGCUAUCCUUUCCUACUUUCCUAUUCCUAAUGAUUGUUCUCCCACUUUUUAAUGUAAUAUUUUUGGAAAAUAAGUCUCACAAUAAAAAUUUAUUUAAAAAAAAAAAAA